AUGCCGGGCGUGGAAGCGAUGGAGUCAUCGGAGGAUUCGCAUGGACUCGAGCGGCCGCUCCUGAGGUCUCACAAGACACUUCCUCGGCGAGAUGUAAUCAUUCCUAGCAUCGAAAUCAUCCAACCGGUAUCUCCGGAUCAGAAUGGGAAACUUGCUGCGAAACCGGCGCCUCCUUUGACACCCCCCGGUGCAGGCCAAGAAGCCGUUGACGAACGAACGCCCCAGAAGAUGGCCUCUUCUGUCACAGAUCUCUCAGCUACUGGAAUGUUGACCCCUCGUCGUACCUCCAAGCCUCCGACCCCCGAUGUGACGCCCCCUAGAUCAAAUAAUUCGACCAUGCGACCUACCUUGAACCGGUCGGUCCACCCGUCUUCAUCGUCCCGGGCCGAAUCGUUCCAAACGGCGUACGAGAGUAUCUGCUCGGAGGAAGACGUGGAGACCCCGGGCCGCAUGUCCCAAGCCGCAACGGAAACACCCAGACAAAGGAACCCGCGGUCAAAGCCACCUGCAUCGAAUCAACAAUUUGCAGACACGGGACCGUCCCCGUCUUCCGCAUCAAAACAACCCAGCGAAACUGAUUACGAGACAGGAUUUGAGUCAUUUGAUGGGGAUUGGGCCGCAAACCAAAUCGAUGGGUCGCCAGCAACGUUGCCUGGAAAGCGAAAGUUCGUCCGGAACCACACCAAAGCAGAUCGGCUACCAGCUGCAGACAGAGAUGCUCUAGAUAUGAAGCGCUUGGAUGCUUCUUUGAUGCGGGAAAAAACGUUGCGGGACAGGGUCAAUGGUGCACACGAAAUCAGACAGAGUUCCUCGAUCGAGCAAUUUCGGGAGAAUAUUGGGUGGCCGUCAUCACAAGGUCCAGCCAAGAUCAAUGAACCUGAUGCCCGCCCCCUGUCAGUCAUCUCUUCCACGUCGACUGUUGAGGCCAUGAUUAUCGACACCCCCAAACGUGCACAGCGAAGUCUUCGGCAUUCUGGAAAGAGAAGCUCUCUGCGAUCUGCCAGCUCUCCCAUCACCAAGUCAGAACGCACAUCUUCUUCCUCUGUUCCGGAAUCUCAACAUAGUUUGAUUCGCAAAGCCACUGGCACAUUCCCUCGGACCCAUCGCAUUGCGUCGUCGGAGGUACCGUUCUCAGCCAAGACCAGCAGCAGUGCCAUACAACCCAAAAUAGAAACCAUCAAUGUUGUGGUCAUACCCGAGAGGAGCUCGUCCCUCAAGUCAGGAGCCAACAGUUAUGUCUCUUCCAAACCGGGCUCUCAGCGUUCGAGCCGUCGUCCGCCAACAACCUCGACCGGGCGCACCGAAAUUACGAGACAAGGACCACGUCCCGUCUCUGAAUCUGUCUCGAUACAGUCUCGUGAGACUGAUGACAGAAGUCGUUCAAUGCAGCGACCAUUCAUACCUCCCCGAAGUUCCUCUCUUUCUGCGCCGACGAGCCGAAACAACUCUCGCGCAACUUCCCUGACGUCCAAUAGUUUGCGCAGUCGACCUAUGGACCGGCCUGUCAUCCCACCUCGCAGCUCUUCACUUUCUGCACCAACAAGUCGCAACAAUUCCCGUACAACUUCUUUGACCACCGACAGUCUGCGAAAUCACAACUUAGCGAUGGACAGUGAAAUCCACAGACAUCGUGAAUAUCAGCCGAUAUCCCCACCUCGCCAGAAUGUGCUAUCUUCGCUCGAGCUCCCCAGCCCACCCCAGGUGCCUCAUAUCCCGGGUCUUUUCGCCGACUCGGAGGAUAUGGAUUUGUUACAACCCCCUGCGAUGCCCUUCACGAGUAGCUCAAUCCCAUCGUCUUCCCCAGGACCGAUUGAGAUCCAAGAAGCUACGGCUGUAAGCUUGUUCGCUCACAAUAACCAUUCACUGUUACUUGUCGAUCCGCGAGCUCAGGCCUUGAGACGCCCUCUCCAGGCUCUUGGCAUUUCGCAUGACAAUGUGAAUCCUCGUACGCCGGAUAAUUCCGCGCAAAGAGGAACCAGCUUCGUCGACUCCCCUUUGAAGAACCCUCGCCCCCCACCCGAGCCUCCCGUUAGAAAACCUCUUCCACCACUCCCUUUGCAUGACGGAGGGCCUCCCGAUGUCAAUGAUGAAAACAAGGGCCUCGCUCGGCGAUGGAGCUCAGUGCGCCGCUCUUGGAGCGCUCGCCCUCGCUCGGAUUCUUUCAACACCCUAACACGGUCCCUCUCAAUGAAGUCGGCCAAGAAUCGCACAACAGGGAAGCAAAUCGAUAGUCGACUCUAUCCAUUCUGGCGUCCUCGACCCUUCUGGGAAGACGUGUCUACUUCACCCGAGAAACAGCUCUCUCCAACGCACCAGCCUCCUUUUGGCCCCAAUGAGCCCUUGGUAGUCAACAACACCCUCGGCUUACCUCAACGACGCAUCGUCCUCGAUGGGCCCCCAUCUUUGGCGCGCCGUAGCCCAGACUUGAGGCGUUUCCUCAAUGGAAUGACCAGCAACGCCAGCUUGGUCGACCAAGGCAAUUUCCGAACAGGCUCCCCACUGCAUCCAGCUCGUUUCCAAGCUCUAUCUCGCUGGGGCCUUCGACUUCAGCCAGUAUCCUGGCAUAAAAUGCGCAAUCGCGUGCGACGUAUGCGCCAGCGACGCGAUGAGCGGAAGCGUGCUGUUCGCCGCGAGGCUUUGAAACAGAGCAUUGGAGCUCCCAUAUAUGUAGGUUCCAGCGCUACGGUCGCAAUGGCCGCGAGAUAA